ACUGAGCAAGGGCAGGGACCGAACCCGCAACCUCAUGGUUCCUAGUCGGAUUCGUUAACCACUGCGCCACGACGGGAACUCCUCCCCUGCCUUUUAAUUCAUGGGAUUUAAAGAAAACACCGUAAGCGCAGUCAUUCAGACACGACAGUUUCUGUAACCUGCCGCUUUUCAAAUUUAACUUUGCGUUAUAAGCAUUUCUGUGUAUCCCUACAUCCUUUUCCUAAACAUUAUGUUUAGUAGCUGCACGAUAUUCCAGCGGGAAGGUAGAUGAUGGUUUCAGAUCACCUUCUGCAUUUCUUUCUGCAUUCACCUAGGGGAGGGAGAGGAAGGAACGAUGGCCAGGAAGAGCUUUUCCUGUUCAAGAUUCCAAGAAAAGCAUCUCCAGGUCUGGCUUGAUGCUUGGUUAUCGUUCUCACGUGCCCUUCUGGUCCUGACCUUCAAGCCAGCAUAAAAGAACCUGUUCCCUUAGUAGAGGCUGGCAGCUCUGCCUCCAGCAGAGCAGAGGCCCCUUAAUUUGAAAUGAAAAUGAUUCUUCCAUCCGAGGAGAGACUGGAGUUAAAAUCGAACCAUUGUAACUGCAGGACAGAAAAGUCCUUAAGGCUGCUGCUUCAAACACGGCACCUGGAAAUGGUACUGAUUACAGACUCCUUGUCGGCAAGAGGGGAGAGUUAUGAAAGGAGAACUUUGUCUGGUGGGAGCUGCCUUUCUGCAGUCAAGGCACACACUUUCCACUUUGAAUUAUGUAUUAACUAGUAUUGCAGAUUAAGCUGCCUUGAGGAGAAAGACCUAUUUAGGCAGCUGGGGGACAUAACCUGCUACUCUGUGGAGGCCAAUUUAAAUUCACCUUCAUUAGCCUCAAAAGGUUUUUGAUUGUGGUCAGCCCAGGGGAAGCUGAUGGGAUGAAGCCCAGAGGGACUGGGGGAGAGCUGGUGCCUUGGCUGCCAUCCCCCCUUUGGCUUUGCUUCGCUAGAGGCUGUGGGCUGGAUGCCAGGGUGGAGCACUGAAGCGCGGGGUCAGAGGGUGAGGGGGCCGCGUGGGGCUGGACCAGCCCUCCUCCCCUCCCCCACCCCGUCACCCACUAGGCGACCAGUGGCGCUGGGCAGUACCUGGUUACCAGCAAGAUCGGUCUGCAGGUCCAAGCCUGAGUGAUGACAACAGGGAUCGAAUGGCGGGCUCCUGUUGGCACAAGGUAUUUGGGUGUUUCACGGGUUUGAUUUGAAAAUGAGUUGAAAGGUGAAAUGUUUGUUGCUGGUGCUGUCAGCGUCCGUUACCGCAAACCCUCCAAAGCUUUGAGAAUGGCCCCCUCAGCCUUCUGAACUGUAGAAGGGUCUCUGUCUUGAUUAGUCCUCUACCUCUACCCCUCAUUUGUGCCCAGGAGAGUUGACACCGCCUGCCGUCACCUCCACUUGCUGAAGGCAGCAGCCUCAGUUCUCACCCCUGGCCUUUCUCACCCCUUCGCUGGGGUUGAUAUGCCUCCUAAUCCCUUGCCCAGCCCUUAGCCCCAAAUCCCACCAGCUCAGCUGUCCCCAUAAGGUUCUGAUAACCUCUUACUUCCUUACUCAGAUGUCGUCAAUAGUUCUCUGUCACCUACUGGAUAAAAGCCAGGGUCACGCAAGGCCCUCCAGAAUCCAUCCCGACGUCCUCUCCUCCUCCCUCUGAGGCUCGGCUAGACUUUAUCAGACACUUUCUUCACAACAGGCGCCCUUGCGAGAUUUUCCAUGUAAAUUUCUUGUUUUAUCCAGGCCUCUCUCUUGCUGCCUUCACUCUCCCACUCGUGCUCUGCGCUUCCUGUCUGGAAGCUCUUGCUUCUCCACACAGUUAGCUGGAGUUCGCCACGAACAUCCACCCAGCCCAUUCCAGCUCAUAGGGAUCUCUUUCCUGAGACAGUCAAACUCUUCCCAUCAGAUUCUCUCAUCAACAUUUAAUUAUAAACUUCCUGGACGGGUGACUUAAGUUUUCAAAUGUAUUUGUCUUCAAAAUGGAUAACCAUCUACACGGCAAGUACCAGCCUGAGACUUCCCGGUGCCAAAGCACCCUGCUCAGAGCAGGCCUUCAGUGCGUGGUAAAUGAACAUUGAAAUGCUGCAAGACUCUUCUGCUGUAGAGUAGAACAGGAAGCUUAACCUCUGGAACCUGCUUAAAAGCCAAUUCAGCAACCUCCGAAUUCACAUUUUUAAGUGAUUGGGAAUGAAAUUAGUCUUAUUUCUAAAUCCCCAGUGGUAAGCAGAGAUAAACCCGAGCUUCAUUGUAUCAGCCCCUUCAAGAUUUCCCUACCCACCUCCCCCUGAAGAGAUGAAUCAAAUAGGGCACAGCAGAGUGGAUGUUAAUUACGGCAAAUCCUGCCUGGCACAGACUGGCCACAAAGGUAAAGAUGCUUCUAGUUGCCUGAUAACACCAGGUUGCUGGCCCUGCAGAUCAGAAAAAGAGAAUUUGCUCCCCGGGGGGAAGCCAUUUAGGGGGACCAAGGCAAUUGAUAGGAGCAGAGUGUUUACUGCUCUCGUGAUGCUGCAUCUGGUGUUCAUUUGGGAGGUUUUAAGUGACUAGUGAGGUUGUGCUGGACCAGACUACCACUACCUCCCAGGAGCCAGCUGGGAUAGGCACUUAGCUUGUGGGACAAAUUUGGAGCCUUAGAAAUUAACUGGGCAGGAGAUGAUCCUGGAGCAGCCCCGGGAAACUUGCCCCUGGAGAAGUCAUAUUCAGGGUUGCUGAGGGCAGACAGGAGCUUUCCAACCUGGCUGCUCCAUUCUUUCAGCGUCUAAACAGGUCCCUUGCAAGCAGCCACUUGGCUGGAUCAGACACAUGUGGCCUGGCCCGUGGAGCAUUUUUUAACAUUUGAAUUCAUAGCUCACUCUUGAAAAUGAGGAAAUGUCACAUCAAAAUCUGGAUUUAUGGCUUCUCUUGACAAUGGAGCACCUUGGCCAUGUUGGGCCUUCCCUCUCAAAGGGGCAUCUCCUUUAAAUGGGACGUGUCACCAAGUGUCACAUCCUGGAGGGUUGGACAUGUGGAAUCCAUAGCAUCAGCAAGCAGAUACCACUCUCCAGUUGAGGUUAGCUGGAGUUAAGCUUUCCUGAGCACUUACUCCCAGUCUCUUCAACCUUUGUGACAGUUUUGUCACAGUGUCUUUUCUGGGAUGAAGACACUGAGGUUAGUGCCACACGGCUAGUGGCAGAACUGACUCCAGAGCCCUCCUCUUAACCAAGGGUGUCUCUCCCCACCUGUGCAUUGUUAGCUCUGCUGAGGGCCCCAAACACCUUUCCAUUGUGAAUCGAAUCCUAGCUUUUAAAAGCACACAGAAAACAAUGUUUAAGCCAUGUAGCCUAAUAGUGAUGAUUUUCUCAAGCAAAAGUGUGAAAUGAUUUAUGAAGGCAAGAUGGGGCUGGGUGGAGUAGGUGUUCAGGAGACAGCUCGCCUGGGGGCUUGAGGAGUGAGCUCUGUGGCCCAGAGUGAGGAGGGUGAGCCGGUAAGUUCCUGAGAGGAGCGGCUCCAAGACCGCAACUCAUGUUCCCAUACAUUUGUUGCAGCUUGGGAAGAAGGCAUGGAAAUGGUCUCAGGUGUAUCUGGAGGCUAUGUAAAUUCACUUUGUAUUAGUCUUCAAUUAUACCUCCAACUUUUUCCUGAGAUUAGAGACCCACUGUGUUCAGCUGGUUCUAAACUUCCUUCCCCUGCCAACAACUCGCCACCUUCCCCUCCCCCCACCCGCCCAGCCCACCUCACCUCACCUCGUCUAGCACCCGCCUUUAGGAAUUCGGCAACCUCUGGUGAUUAUUAGAUCAGUUCAGAAUUUAGAAGGUCAUGGCGUCGGGAAAUAAAAGGUGUAAAAAGGGGAAGGAAGAAUUGGUUUGGGGCUUUAAAACACCACAACUUCCAAGGUUCUUGCAAAUCCAUUUGCAGCUUUUGCAAACAGCCUUAAAGUCAUCAGCGCCCCACUGCGGAAUUCAAAACUAAGCUUGUCACGAUUGUUAAUUCCUUCUUUGACCCGUCUUUUUAUAUGUAACAAGUAUUCUCCGUUUUGGUUUUGGGUUUGUUGGGGUUUUUUUUUUGUUUUUUUUGUGUGUGUGUGUGUGUGUGCCGUCUGGAAGGUUCUGCAGCCCGGGCUUUAAGGAGUACCCCAUCCAGCGCACAGCUCCUCCGCGUGCAGCACUCGGGGGAUUUCUCCUCGCUCGCCCGCUUGGCAGGAUGCCGGUGCAGCUGACAACAGCCCUGCGUGUGGUGGGCACCAGCCUGUUUGCCCUGGCAGUGCUGGGCGGCAUUCUGGCAGCAUAUGUGACAGGCUACCAGUUCAUCCACACAGAAAAGCACUACCUGUCCUUUGGGCUGUAUGGUGCCAUCCUGGGCCUGCACCUGCUCAUCCAGAGCCUGUUUGCCUUCCUGGAGCACCGGCGCAUGCGGCGGGCAGGCCGGCCACUGAAGCUGCCCUCCCCGCUGCAGCGCUCAGUGGCGCUCUGCAUCGCCGCGUACCAGGAGGACCCCGACUACUUGCGCAAGUGCCUGCGCUCGGCCCAGCGCAUCGCCUUCCCCGAUCUCAAGGUGGUCAUGGUGGUGGACGGCAAUCGCCAGGAGGAUGCCUACAUGUUGGACAUCUUCCACGAGGUGCUAGGUGGCAACGAGCAAGCCGGCUUCUUUGUGUGGCGCAGCAACUUCCAUGAGGCGGGUGAGGGCGAGACGGAGGCCAGCCUGCAGGAGGGCAUGGACCGUGUGCGGAAUGUGGUGCGGGCCAGCACCUUCUCCUGCAUCAUGCAGAAGUGGGGAGGAAAGCGAGAGGUCAUGUACACGGCCUUCAAGGCCCUUGGUGACUCCGUGGACUACAUUCAGGUGUGUGACUCUGACACUGUACUGGAUCCAGCCUGUACCUUCGAGAUGCUUCGAGUCUUGGAGGAGGACCCCCAAGUAGGGGGAGUUGGGGGAGAUGUCCAAAUCCUCAAUAAGUAUGACUCCUGGAUCUCCUUCCUGAGCAGUGUGCGGUACUGGAUGGCCUUCAACGUGGAACGGGCUUGCCAGUCCUACUUCGGCUGUGUGCAGUGUAUCAGUGGGCCCCUGGGCAUGUACCGGAACAGCCUGCUUCAGCAGUUCUUGGAGGACUGGUACCAUCAGAAGUUCCUAGGUAGCAAGUGCAGUUUUGGGGAUGACCGGCACCUCACCAACCGAGUCCUGAGUCUCGGCUACAGGACUAAGUACACAGCACGCUCUAAAUGCCUCACAGAGACCCCCACCAAGUACCUCCGGUGGCUCAACCAACAGACCCGCUGGAGCAAGUCUUACUUCCGGGAGUGGCUCUACAACUCUCUGUGGUUCCACAAGCACCACCUCUGGAUGACCUACGAGUCAGUGGUCACAGGUUUUUUCCCCUUCUUCCUUAUUGCCACAGUCAUACAGCUUUUCUACCGUGGCCGCAUCUGGAACAUUCUCCUCUUCCUGCUGACAGUGCAGUUGGUAGGCAUCAUCAAGGCUACCUAUGCCUGCUUUCUUAGGGGCAAUGCAGAGAUGAUCUUCAUGUCUCUCUACUCCCUUCUCUACAUGUCCAGCCUCCUGCCAGCCAAGAUCUUCGCCAUUGCUACCAUCAACAAAUCUGGCUGGGGCACUUCUGGCCGAAAAACCAUUGUGGUGAACUUCAUUGGCCUCAUCCCUGUGUCCAUCUGGGUGGCAGUCCUUCUGGGGGGACUGGCCUAUACAGCUUACUGUCAGGACCUGUUCAGUGAGACGGAGCUAGCCUUCCUGGUCUCAGGGGCCAUCCUGUACGGCUGCUACUGGGUGGCCCUCCUUAUGCUGUAUCUGGCCAUCAUCGCCCGGCGGUGCGGGAAGAAGCCGGAGCAGUAUAGCUUAGCUUUUGCUGAGGUGUGACAUGGCCCCCAAGCAGAGCGGGAAAAGUGCAAUGGGUAAGGGAGGGAAGGGGAAUGGAUGAGAACACAUGGGGUGGGAGGGAAGAGGGAGUGCUGUUUUACUUUCUUAAUGGUCCAAAGGACAAACCUGAAGUGCAAAGAAUGCUGACUAUAGUAUGGCCUGGGACAGUUGGGCUUAGAGGAGGCAAGGCCAGCUCAGGUGGGAGGAAGGAGGGUUAUAUGUUUUCAGGCUGCCUGUCUACUUGCCUCUGCACAUACAGUGGCCUCUGGGAAGGAUUCCACUUCCUCCCCUGGGAUCCAGAGGGAGCUCAGACAUGUGCUAAACCAAACAGUAAGUUCUACUCAGUGGCAACUUCUGAUAGGUAAGUGGGAGGUGGUGGGAGUUUCUGAGACCCAGGCCAGCUAGUAAUGUGUUCUCCACCCUCCUCCCCAUCCAAUGAUCAAUGCAAUCAGACUGUGCCUGAGAUAACGCAUCAGAAAACAGGGUCCAGGAAUGGUGCUUUCUUACAUACCCCAUUCCACAGCUCAACCUCCCAAGGAGGAGCCAGUCUAGCAGGGAGUUAGCAGUGAACUGCUUUCGAGUGUGUGUAUAUAUACGUUUAUGUUAAAAAGGAAAAGUUUGCCAGGAGCAACAAACACUGGUGGUGGUGCUGAAGGCUUUGAGCUGAAUGUAUUUUACCUGUCAAGUGCCCAGACCUCUAGAUUAGCCUGUCUGUGAUCUCUGCUGGGGAGAUGAAAUGUUUUGGUCAUCUGCCAGGAAGAUGAAAUCCCAAUGUGCUCAGAAAGGGAGUGAAGGCUCGGGUAUUUCAACCUGUAUACUCUUGAAUUCUCUCACAUUCAGUUCUUGAGUCUUAGCCUACUUGCUUCACUUCACUUCAGAGUGAUAAAGUCACUUGUUUGACCCUCCUCCUCAUUGGGUAAGUCUUCUCAGGUGGCGAGUGAGAGAGCCUGGACUCUCAUAGGUCCCCCCCACCCCGCCCCACGACAGGCAAGCCUGCCUUCAGCAUGUGAGGGGAGAACUAUUAAGAGCCUCUGACCCAACUGGCUGGUCUUGGAACUGCCUGGACAAGUUCCCUGGCGGCUAGGUAGCACGCACGACUUAAGAGUUCCUGACAAUCACCUCUAAUGGGAAGCUUUGCAGUGUUCCCUAAGUGAACCCUCAAUCCAAGUCCAUUCUCCUCAGUGGCUUCUCCAGGGAGUCCUGACAGCCAAGUGUGGACAGUUACUGCUGCACUGGCUUGCUUCUGUCCAGAAACCAAACUAGGAGAUGAAAUUGGUUCUGAAAUUCUAAGGUUCUUACUUUCUCUCAUGCCUCUUGAAGUGGUUUGAUUUCCCUCUGCUUUUUUUUUUGGGGGGGGGGAGGCCAUUUUCUAUAGAGUUGCAAUCCAUAGACUGUUCUGAGCACUUGGGUUCAACCCUGGGAUCCUGACUAAGCCUUUGACUUAGGGUUGUUUGCUCAAGCAGGCUCUCUGAGAGGGACCUGCUGAACCCUCAGAACCAGCACAAAGGUGGAGAGGAGUUGGGGGGGGGGGCAGGCCUCUAGAAUGCCCAGAUGCUUCCUACAAAGGAAUGUGUGCUCGGAGCCAAGGACGGGCAAACCCUGGUGCUUUCCUUCAUCUCCCGUGAACUUGACGGUUUUCCAGGGGCAGCCAACACUGCUGCAUGGCACAGACCUCAAGUUCAAUUCAACUGCUGGUUGACAUAGGGCCCAGUCCAUGAAGGCUGGGAGGAGGUGGCAGGCAUUUGCUCAAGUCAGUUGUUCCAGGCUCUUCCGUGUUUUUGCUGGCCAAGAAGUAAACUAUUUUGAGCACUACAAUGGAGGAAAUCCGGUCAGCCAACUGCAGAGCUCAGACUUCACUGAGGGCUUGUUUUUCUUCAGCUUUUACUUGAAGGUUAAUGUAGAAUGGAUGCCCAGAUGGAGAACUCUGGGCUGUCCUCCCAUCAGCUCUGCCUUGCUCUGUGGUUAUCAACUUCCCCCAGAUCAAGAGUAGGCAGGUACAAGUAGUGGGUUCACAACGCUUGACCUCGACUGGUUUUUUCCUAAGUUAUUUUGUACAUUUUUCAGCAGCAAAACCAAACUGGGUCUUGAGCUUUAUUCCCAUUUCUUGCAAGGGAAGAGCCUUUAUAUACAAUUGGACACAUUUUGGUUUUUUCCUGAGAAUUUUAACCCUCUUUUGUAUUAUUUCUACAAUAAUUUGUAAACGUAUUUAUUUUUACUUUUUUUUUUAAAUUUUACUUUUCAGGUCAAAUUUUUUAUACUGUACUUGUUUGUCAAAAUAAAGAUUCUCACAUAAUGCUG